AUGACAACAGUCUUCAUCGCAAAGAAACCUGAGGAGUCUAUCUCUGCACUAGCAGAGACGGACUCCUCUACCAGUCUGGACACUCUGCCUUUGGGGGAGCCAUCAGCUGAACGUCGAUUUUGGUUCCAACGAGGCAAAGGCUACAACCCGGAUGCAAUUGCAACGCAACCCUCAGUCUAUGACAACCCUGAUACUGCAAAAGAAUACCAACCCCGAGCAGACUGGGAGAAUCUUCACCGGUUCGACCCAUCGGCCCGGUGGACAUGGGGCGAGGAAUACAAAUUGAUUCGGAAGAUUGAUAUGCGCAUUAUGGUAUUCGCUUGCCUUAUGUUCAUGGCUCUGGAAUUGGACCGCUCCAACCUGGCACAAGCUCUAACUGACAACAUGCUUCCUGAGUUGAACCUGACGACGAAUGACUACAACCUUGGAAAUACAGUGUUCAAACUCUCGUUCCUCUGUGCCGAGCUUCCUUCUCAGCUUGUCAGUAAAUGGGUUGGACCUGAUCGGUGGAUUCCUACGCAAAUGGUCUUGUGGUCUGGAGUUGCUAUGGCACAGUAUGCACUCAAUGGCAAGACAACAUUUCUCUUGUGUCGUGCCCUCCUCGGUAUCCUACAAGGCGGGUUCAUCCCUGAUGUGAUAUUGUAUCUUUCCUACUUCUAUAAGCACCACGAGCUGUCACUGCGACUCGGAUUCUUUUGGACCGCCAUGAAUAUCGCCGAUAUUCUUGCUGGCUUCUUGGCAUUUGGAUUGCUACACCUUCGUGGUGUUCAAGGUCAGUCGGGAUGGCGCUGGCUAUUCUUGCUGGAGGGCCUUCUGACUCUCGUGUUUGGGCUGACCGCAUACGUAUUGAUGCCCCCCGGGCCCUGCCAGACUGCAAAUUGGUCUCGGGGGAAAUCAGGCUGGUUCAGCCCGCGCGAGGAAACUAUCAUGGUCAACCGAGUAAUUCGCGAGGACCCUAGCAAAGGAACCAUGCACAACCGAGAGCCUAUUACGCCCAAGCUCCUUUGGAAGAGUCUCAAUGACUAUGAUCUCUGGCCGAUAUACAUCAUCGGGCUCACCUUCCAAACGCCAAUGGCAACCCCCAAGCAGUACCUGACUCUCACCCUGAAAGGCCUCGGAUUCAACACUUUCGUGACCAAUCUGUUGGUCAUUCCCAGCGAGGUGCUGUCGAUAUUCUUUAUCUUGACAAUUACCUAUAUCUCCGAGAUUACCGGUGAAUUAACGUUGACAGCUAUGGUCGGGCAAAUUUGGGCCCUUCCUUUCCUGCUCUACAUCUACAUUGUCGACAUCAACGCUGUGAACAAAUGGGCUGUUUGGGUGGUGAUGACAUUGCUACUGGCAUUUCCAAAUGCUCACAAGAUCCCAGCACACGCUAUCCAAGUUGCCUGGAACUCGCGCAAUUCUAACACUGUGCGAUCUCGCACGGUCUCCGCUGCCAUGUACAAUAUGUGUGUCCAGUCCUCUGGGAUCAUAUCUUCCAACAUCUACCGCGCUGAUGAUGCACCCCGGUACCGGAGAGGCAACAGUGUCCUUGUAGGACUAGUGGUCUCCAAUGUGUUUAUCUAUUUGCUAGCUAAGACAUACUAUGUCUGGCGCAAUCAAAGUCGCGACAAGAAAUGGAACGCCAUGUCUGACAGUGAGAAGAGGCAUUACUUGGCAACAACCAAAGACGAAGGGAACAAGCGAUUGGAUUUCCGAUUCGCCCAUUGA